ACUUUAUUUUCCUUUACUUUCCCAUCUCCCUUUUCUCACUCCUUUUCCUUGUCUCUUUCCACACUCUCAUUUCACUAUACUCAGAAAACCGACUGGUUUUUGCCGAAACCAAAAACCCCUUUUGAGUUGAGCAAAAACCCAGAUAUAAUUUAGGGCUUUCUCUACAAUGCAGAGAGCUUGAGGAGUAUUAUCGAGUUCGCUUUGUGGAUUCAAGCAAUGGGUCGGAAUCUGCUGCUUCUGGGUCUAACCAUUCUGGUCAUUUUCGGAGGUGUUUCUUCAGCUCCCACUAAUGCACCAGCAAAGCUCAUAAAUGGGUUUGUGUCAAAUGCGGUUUCUAUGGCCAUGAAAUCUCUCUGGUCACUCAAAGCCACGACCAAAACAGCGAUUACUGGCCGUCCGUUGAUGAAGUUUGAGAGUGGAUAUACUGUGGAGACUGUGUUUGAUGGGAGCAAACUUGGAAUUGAGCCCCACUCUGUUGAAGUUCUGCCCAGUGGGGAGCUUCUGAUUCUGGACUCUGCCAAUAGUAAUCUUUAUAGGAUCUCCUCCUCUCUUUCUCUUUAUAGCAGACCGAAAUUGGUGACAGGAUCCGCCGAAGGAUACUUUGGACAUGUAGACGGGAAGCUGAGAGAGGCAAGAAUGAAUCAUCCAAAGGGGCUCACAGUUGAUGACAGAGGAAACAUUUAUAUUGCGGAUACAAUGAAUAUGGCAAUCAGGAAGCUAAGUGAUGCCGGGGUUACAACCAUUGCCGGAGGGAAAUGGGGUCGCGGGGGAGGUCAUGUUGAUGGACCAAGUGAAGAUGCAAAAUUUUCGGAUGAUUUUGAUGUGGUUUACAUUGGAAGCAGUUGCUCCUUACUUGUCAUAGACAGAGGAAAUCGUGCUAUAAGGGAAAUCCAACUCCAUUUUGAUGACUGUGCUUAUCAAUAUGGCACCGGUUUUCCUCUCGGGAUUGCGAUGCUUCUGGGGGCUGGCUUCUUUGGUUAUAUGUUGGCAUUACUGCAACGCAGAGUGGGUACAAUUGUUUCUUCACAGAGUGAUCUAAGCUCAGAGAAGACGAGUGCUCAGCAAAGUGCAUAUCAGAAGCCUAUGAAGUCAGUCAGGCCACCUUUAAUCCCUACAGAAGAUGAGCAAGAAAAGCAAGAAGAGGGGUUCUUUGGAUCCCUUGGAAAGCUUUUAGCAAACACUGGGACAUCGAUGAUGGAGAUUUUGGGAGGAAUAUUUCCUGGAUUGCGGCGAAAGCCUUUGGAUUAUGAAUAUCAAAGUACUCUACAGCAAAAGCAUUCAAAUGCUUGGCCUGUGCAAGAAAGUUUUGUGAUACCGGAUGAGGAUGAGCCGCCUCCUACCAUUGAAACAAGGACCCCCACUCCUCGAAAAACCUAUCCUUUCAUGUCUAAGGAUGCGGAAAAGAUGCAUCAAUUGCGUCAAAGUCGAGUCUUCUACAGCGGUUGGGAUGAUGAUCUUCAGCAUCAGCAGAAACAACAGCAGCAGCAGCAUCACCACAAGUACCACUCAUCUGUUCCGCAUACUUACUACGAGCAAAGCUGCGAGAAAACAAAUGAAAUUGUGUUUGGGGCGGUUCAGGAGCAGGACAGAAGGCGUGAAGCUGUGAUCAUAAAGCCUGUUGAAUAUGGAGAUCCCGUGUUUGAUCAUCACAACAUUCGCUCCAGAAUCAAUUCUAUGAGCUACAGCUAUGGAAAAUAAUAUUAUAUACAUAAUAGGAAUUCUUAGUUCUCGACUUAUUUUGGAGCAUAAUAUAAAAAUCCAAAGUCCUGGUCAUAGGCAGUAUUGGUUAUGGGAUUCAAGGGAGACUUGGUGCUUCUGAGCAUUCGAUCUGUAUGAUGUUGGGUUGUUUACUGGGGUAUAUUGAAGCCCAAAAUAAUCAAGGCCAUUUAUUCAAAUAUUGGUGGUACAGUACAUUAUUGGUAUUAAAAAUUCAUGGCAAGCGCUUUUAUAUA